GAUAAAAGUCAGAAUUUUAUUAUUUCAGUAGGUCGUACAACCCAAACAACUUUGUCUGAACCUGGAAGUAAAACAGAGCUUUUCCUAGUUAGUGCUUGAAUGAGAGACCUCUUGGGAAUUCCAAGGUGGUACUGUAAACCUUGGGUGUUUUUUUUUAAAGACAAGGCAAUGACAAUUUCUUACUGUAUGAAUAUGUUUAUCAAGUUCUAAGUUUUGAAGAAAUACUAAACUUCAAACAUGACUUGAAAGAUACUUUGCCUUGGUAACUUUACUAAUUUCCUGAUGGGGAGCUGAGUAUAUUAUCACUCAUUUAAUAUCAGUAUCCGCCAUUUUUCUUAUCUAAAAUAUCCUUUCCCCCACUUAGAAUUAUCUGUGUAACCUACCAAGUGACAUAAUAUAUCUUGUUUGAAGAUCUUAAAUAAAUAAUGCUGAAAGUCUAGCAAUGUAUUUCUCCAGCUAUUAAGCAAUGGCAAUAAAAGAGACCAAUCCCAUGCUUUUAUUGAACAACGUCCUGGGACAGUUCCCAGAUAUGUGUGUGACUCAGGCAUCUAUAUUAUCUGUAUCCUUUUGUUUAGAGUCUGUGUGAAGACUUAAGGAUCCCAGCAUCUCUGUCUAACAAUCUGGACAAAUGCAGAGAACAGAUGUCACUCAGGUUUUAAUUGUGGAGUUCUUGAUGCUCUCUGAGUUUGAUUAUAUACUGCAAACCCCACACUCAUUGGCACUGAUGAAGUUAACUUAAUUGGGUAAUGAAAUACCUGCAAGCAUACAAGCAAGCUCAGGGAGCACUAAAACCCCCAUAAUUUGGACAAAGUGUAGCCUCAUCUUGCCUGCAGACGCCAUAUUUCUGGUCACUGUUGGAAGAAGAGAGAAAACAUUAAAUUAUUUUAAAGUUCUGCUACAACACUGCUGUACAAAGUAACGGGGGUUAAAAAAUAACAACAACUGAGUCUCUGCAUCUCUAACAAAAUAUCUCUGGAUUUUUUUUGGAGGAAGGUUUUCUGUUUCCCUCAUUGUGAAAUGUGAUCCUUUGCCUUUAGCUACACUGUUUUGAAGUAGUUUUAUCUUUAGCUUUUAAUAAUCCUUAGGAAAGGGCACUUAAGAGUUAGGCAGCCUUUGUUUAUCGUAUUAUAGAAAUAAAGACUUUUUUAAAAUUAGACUUCUGCUGUGCUGAACCAACUGAUCUGCAAUAAGAAUUGGGAUAGUGUGAGUACAUCCUGCUACAUUCCCUUGAGUGCUAAUCUCUUCUGUUGAACAUACAAUACCAUAGUGCGCAACACAAAGUCUUCUUACUGGUCUUUCCUGUUUUCUGUCAAAGGACUCUUUAUGACCAAACUGAAUGGAUUAAAAGGAGAGUUAAGCAUUUCAGAUAACACACGUCUGUGUUUCCAUGUCCUCAUUUAUAGUAAUGCUAUUUCAAUUUUUCUUUCAAAUGGCAUGGAUUCUUUUCAUGGUUUUAAUUACAUAUUAAAUGUUUGGUCUUUGUAGGUUUUUGGGGAGAAAAUGGGAAAAUAUGCCCCAUUUGAGGAAAAAUUGUGUUAAUUCUUCAGCUCUUGAAGAGUUGUAAAAAACAAAGGCUUCUAUGAACUUGAUAGCAAAGGAUUUAUGAUCUCUGCCAUCAAAAUGAAGUCUUUAAAGUAGAUAAAUUUCAUAGAAGAUUUAUGGACAAAGAUAUAAGAUACUCUUCUACAUCAGCAAGCCUGCAAUGUAAUAUGAAUUGAAAAGCUUGCAAAGCAAUGCAAAGACCUGGGAAAGAACUUUCCAAAACUCUCCACCGGGAAGAUAAGGAAGUAAAUGAAAUGACUGAAGGUGUCUCUUCACUUCCUUCUCCCCUUCUCUGCUUGAGUGGUGAGGGAAACACGCAAGCGGAAAUGCUGCAAAAAGCCCAGGAGCUCUUCCGGCUCUGUGACAAGGAGGAGAAGGGCUUCAUAACAAGAUUUGACAUGCAACGGUUACAAAGUGAACUACCAUUCACGACUGAACAGCUGGAAGCUGUUUUUGACAGUCUGGUGCAGGACAAUAAUGGUUACCUCACCCCAGUAGAAUUCAGUGUAGGCCUAGGGAAGUUCUUUGGAAACAAGCCACACCAAAACUCUGAAAAUGCCGGUCACGAGGAGACCUUUGAGUCUAGCUGGUCGGAGGAAUUGGAGCAGACAGAUGAAGGGGAGAAACAGUUUUGCUCUGUGCUGGAGCAGCUGGAAGCAUCCCAGGUCUUUGAAGAUCAGGGUGAAGUUCAAGAGCUUUGGGUUCGAAUCCGAAAAGGGGCACCAGAACUCCUAGCCAGUUUCGAAGAGUUUCUUUUCCAUAUUUCCUCAUACAUCAAGGAUCUGCACCAUGAGAAAGAAUCCAUUGAACUGGUAUUAAAACGAAGAGAGACUGACCAUGACCGAGAAAUCAGGUGUCUCUAUGAGGAAAUGGAGCAACAAAUUAAAGCUGAAAGGGAGCGGCUGGUCCAGCAGGAGUCAUCAACAAGGCUCGAGAAAAACAACAUGUUUCAGAAAGAGUUGCAUAACAAAGAGCAAGAAUUUGAGAAAAUUCUUUACCGGCAGAAAAAGUUGGAACAUCAGUUACACUGCCAGCACUCUGAGCAGCUAGAAAUGCAUAUACAAAAUGAGAGAUUACAAAUUCUGAGUGAAAAUCUCCUCGAUCAGCUGGAGAGGACCAAAUGGGAGCUGGAAGCAGCUCAAAGUCGUUUGCAAGAAUUGCAGAAAGAAGCCCAGGUAGAGCAGGAACGGAAGAACAGAGAUAUAUUUCAAGCUUCUAAGAAUAUGCAGAAAGAAAAACAAAGCCUCUUGCGUCAGUUGGAGCUCCUCAGGGAGAUGAACAAAAACCUGCGAGAUGAGAGAGACACAGUUGAAGCUAAGAAGAUGGUCAGUCUGAAAAAGAACGUUUUAAUCCCCAGUCACUGCUCCUUUGCCUGCUGUCGUUGCUGCCAUCCCUUGGGGACAUUUCAUUUACCUGGGGGAUACUAACAGAAACACAGAGUUUAAUUAUCUUUUGUAAGGAUGUUUCUUUUCUAAGUCUAAAUGGAGAGAGGACUGCAUUUUUGCAAACCCCAGUCAUUGCCAAAAAAACAAAAACAAAAACCAGCAUAGCUUGUUGCCUAUUUCUGAUUGUAGAGGAAAGACUAUAAGCAAAUGUUCUUCGGACCGGAAAGCAUGGAGAAAUGUUUGCACUAAAGGUGAAAUACCCAUUAACUGAAUGUAUAGAAAAUUGAAUUUUCCUCAUGCAGUUUAUAGAAAAAGUCUUCCCUUUCCCUCUAUUGUUUCUAACAACUUGGGAAUUUUUACCUGUAAGCCCCAUGUCUUACUCUGCAACAGAUAGCACUUUGUACCAGCUCUUUUGCCAUAUUUAUUCAUGACCGUACUUUUCACGGUUCUCCAAUGAGCUGUUCAGAGCAUCCAGUAGUGGGAGGUGCUUCAGUCUCUCCUUGGAUAGGCUGGGCUUAAUUGCAAGGACACUCCUCCUCCUCCACGGGACUCCUCCCUAGCGUCCCCCAGUUUUUGCUCAGCCUUUGUAGGAAUAGGCAGCUUUUUCUUUUCCUUGGCCAGAAUAGGAGCAAAGACUGCAAAAAAACCCUUCAGGUUUGGUCUGAAUUUCUCUUAAUUAGGCUCCAUGUGUCACCUAAGAGCCACGGCAGCUUCCGAUGGCAUUCAUUCCAUCUGGCCGUGGGAGCUCGUAAACACAGUCAGGGAGCGCUCUCAGUGCCCUUGCAGCGGUCUGAGGCAUCAAAUUCCUAGCCGUGUUUACUCGAGCCCAAACGGUCAGCCCUUGCCAUUGUGACUUCCCAUUUCUAGCCGCGCUAUUGCAAGCGGCGAGCGCGGCUUGAUUUAAACGACCGAGGCUUUUUUUCUCCCCACCGAGAACCACCUCUUUUUACCCCUCCUCACCUUUUUCCUAUUUGCCGUGGGAAGCCGUUUCAGGCGACUUCACGAGGCGGGAGUUCGCUGCUGGUCUGGUCUUGGCACACAAAAUUAACUGCCGGCGCCAUUGCGAUCACUAUAGAUCAUGUGGCUCUGCACCGUAUUUACUCAGGCUUGUGAGAGGCAUUAUCCCCAAUCAGGGUCCUCUUUGCAGAAGCCCAGAUCUGUCCAUGCCAUCCAGGUGCAGUGCUGCUAUACCAGUCCAACCUAGCUUCUCAACGACCAUACCCAUUGCACGAAGGGCCCUCGAGGCCACAGUUACCCCAACGGUGGCUGGACUUCGUCAAGAUGAGUCCCUCCCAGAGGAGAUCCCUGCGAGGAUGAGAGCUUGGAUGGAGCUGGUGAUACAUCAAGGCAUUGCAGUGGGGGUAUAGCAGACUGUUCUGGCCAGGGAGCACCCGGCAGCUUCUGACUGAGAUUCACAAUCAGUAGAGUCACUAAGCAGGACGGAGCAGCAUUACCCUCAAGUACCUCCCCAAGGGGAGUUUUCUAUGAUACCAGACAUGCCUCACCAGGGCUUACAAGAUGAGGGAGGCCAAAAUGACCAAAUGGUACAAGUCGAGUCAGGGUCAGCACAUGACAGCGACCCGGUCCUGUCAGAGGUGGGAUCCCAUAGAAAGGGGCAUGUUGGAUGAUGAGGGCCUCAUCCCCAAUCAACUGACAUUUAUGGGCCUGUUCCGCCCUCAAUUAUUUAAGUCAUUCUUGUUCAAGGCUAAAAACACCACACACCUUGAUAAAUUGACUCCCUCUUCCCAACCACCAGUAUUAGAGGAGGAGUCAGAGGACUUAAUUUUUUCCCAACCUGUUACCAAGGUAGACAUAAUCCCAGUCCCGCACAUGUUCUCUGACCUGGUACAAAAACUUCCGCAGCGGUGUAUGCCACCCCCAUGGGAUAUGACAGGAAGUUUUACAACCUGGCAUCAGACUUCUCUUAACUUCCUGAACACACCAGAGGUUGAUGAUCCGAUUGUAACUUUAGCAUCCUCCUCCACGAUUCCCAGCGAAGCAGAGGAGGCACUUAAACCAGAAGAGAAGACGGCUGAGUUAGCUUUUCGUAAAGCACAUCAGUCAGACACGUGGGCCAUAAGAGCAGCAUGGCCGCAUCUUUUUUUACCAGAUCCAACCUUAGGUGGCUCCGUCACGUGAGGGAAACCAUUCCGACUUCUGACAUCAGGGCACAUCAGGACGCACAUUCAAUGCGGUUAAAUUUUCAUCAAGGGCCAUAGCAUCCAUGUUAGAGCACGGUGUUUACUAUGGCUCGGACACUGGCAAGCUGACACUAAGCACAACUGGAAGCUUGCCUCAUCCCACAUUUCAGGAGACAAAUUGUUUGGCACUGCCCUUGAUCUGUAUUGGUAGAAACCAGAAAUAAGAAAAAGAUCCUCCCUUCUCUUUUUCGCAAAUCAGAUAACAGAAACACCCAGCCCUUUCGGAGGGGUUCCUUUCAUCUCUUCUAUCAGGGUACAUAUUCCUCAAGAGAGCCUUUGGAUGUAGGCAGGGGCAGUAGUCAGAAAGACCCAAUUUUGGGGACAGGAAUAGAAGGAGAGGACAGGGUAAGAGACCAUUCUGUGGGGCAGGAAACAGGGCUUUCUGCCAUCCCAAAUAGGGCCAAGGACAAUGCUCCCAUUGGCGGAUGACUAAAACUCUUUGCAGACCAAUGGGAUUCCUCUACCUCAAACUCCUGGGUCCGAGAUACCAUUAGAUUCGGCUUGGCUCUGGAAUUCCAAUCCACAUCCCCGAACUUCUUCAUGACAUGCCCACUUUCUAGGGAUCCUGUUAAAAGAACUCUUACGGAGACAGCUAUCCACCAUUUGCUGGAGAUCUGUGCCAUUCAACCAGUGGCACCAGAUCAACAAGGGCACAGUUUUUACUCCCACCUUUUUGUGGUUCCGAAGAGUUUGGAAGCAAGAGAGGGAUCACAGUGUAAUGGCUUGUUUUACAUAUCUAAAUUAAUGUGUGUUAUUUGACUGAAUAUUUCACUAUUUCUGUGAUUAAUUGGUUUGUGGAAGUAUCUCCAGGUGAAUAAUUGAUGAGGAUACAUAUUACCAUUCCAUUGUAAAUAGUGAAAGAUAUCUCUUCUGCUUUGGUAAUAUUUCCAUGUUAAUUUUAAUUACCCAGGGAAAUAACUCUUGCACAUUGUUCCCCAAAUCCUGUGAUGUAUUAAACUGGAUCAUGUACAGAUAUAAAGGAUUAAUAAAAUCAUGUAAAUAGAAGUUUCAGUAAAUGAAGCUAAAUAUGAAUAUAAAAUGAACAGUGUGAAGUCUUAUUUUGAACACUCUGCAUCUUUGCAUAUUGAUCAAGUUGUAAAAGGUUCUGCUGGAAAGAUCCAGAGAGGAUGACCAUCUAUGCCAAGUCCUCAAAGUACUUGGAGCCAUAGUGUUCCUCCUCUCUUCCUCAUAAGUCUUCCAAUGUGAAUCCAGAGGCCAUAUUUUUCAUUUUUUUGUUGUUGCUUAUUUUUGCUCUGUGUAUCCAAGACACAUAAAAUAAAGAUCUAUUU